UUAAUGAAUUACCUGUAAUUUAUCAAAAUAAAACUCAAUAUUUAAUGCCCAAGACUCAUGUACUACUCAACUAUGGAACUGAAAUAGACUGCAAUGACUUAUUACCACCAGCCUAUUUCUUAGAAAAUGUUUGGUUCACUUUAUCUCCACACUUUAAAGAAAUUAAUCCACCACAAAUAUUAUUACCUGAAACAGCAUUCACUUGGUCACAUAGAACACCUGAUUAUUUAAUGAACGCAGGAUUAUAUCCAAAAGAUUUAAUGCAAACUUUCCAAAAACAUCUCUUAUUUCCAGCAGAAGUUGUAGCAGCUCAAAGUAAUUUAGCUAGAGAAUCAAUGGGAUACAGUAUAUAUAAUCAAAAUUUAAAACUAAAAUCUAUCAUCGAUGAAUAUACAAUAGAAAAUUUAGUUGAACAAAAAUUACAAAAAUUAUGGGGAUUAUUCACUGUAGUAGGGAAUAUAGCCUCAGGUUUUCUUGGAAUAUUUUUAAUAGGUAAAUUAUUAUUAAUAGGUAUCAAUACAAUAAUUAAUUUCUCUAUUUUAUAUGAAACAUUUGGAUGUAGUUACAAAAUAUUAGCAGGAUUAUUCUCAAGUAUCACUCAUUAUAUGAUGCAUAAAACUCACACAAAUAAUUAUAAUAAAGUAUAUAAAAAUGACAUAAUAAAUAACUCUUAUAAAUCAGGAGAAAAUAUUGAUGUUAAUUCAGUACCAAUAACAAAAAAUUUUUUCACUGAAUACUAUCCAAAAAAUAAUAAGUUAAAUAUUUAUCCUAUCUUAGAGGAAACUUCUAUCAUACAGCAAAAUGAAUAGCAAGUUAUAUAAAUUACAUUAUAAUUUUACUCACUCUAAUAAAUAUAACCAAUAUAUUCCAAUACUUUCAUCCUCUAUAUAUUACUAUAAAUAUUCCA